UAGUAGCACAAGCCUCUUUCUGAGACAUCGGCCGAGCCUCUUUUCCACAUUGAGACAGGAGGAAAAUGGCGGAAGGUGGUCCUCCUGACUGUGCAACUCAGAAGAAAGAGAUCGAUAACUUACUGAAAACUGUACUAAAGAAGGGCGAUACCUGGUAUUUAGUGGAUACCAAGUGGUUAAAGCAGUGGAAAAAAUAUGUUGGAUUUGAUAGCUGGGACUCCUAUAGCGCUGGAGAUCAAAGUGCUAAUCCCGGCCCUAUUGACAACAAGACAUUAUUCAAAGAGGAUAUGUGUACAUUGAAAGAGCAUCUGAUUGAUGAACUUGAUUAUGUCUUACUACCAACUGAAGGAUGGAAUAAACUUGUAUCUUGGUAUGGAACUGUUGAAGGACAGGAACCAAUUGCUCGCAAGGUCAUUGAGCAGGGAAUGUUUGUGAAACACUGUAAAGUAGAGGUUUACUUGAUAGAUCUUAAACUCUGCCAUAAUUCUGACCUGGAAGAUGUUCACACAAAACAAUUUAGUCGAGCUGUUACAAUAGAUCAGAUUGAGAAAGAAAUGAGGAAACUGUUCAACAUAGCUGAUGACAAAGAUACUCGUCUAUGGAAUCGUUAUAUGUGUAAUACGUACGAACAUCUCAGUAAAACAGAUAACACAAUUCAAGAUGCUGGAUUAUAUCAGGGACAGUUAAUCCUAAUUGAACCCCAAAAUGAAGAUGGAACUUGGCCACGACAGGCUAAAAGUACCAGUUCUUACAAUGCUAGCAGUACCCCUAUCGAAAGACAGCCUUAUAUAUCUACAAGGUCUUCUGCAUAUAGCUACAGCCCCCACGAUGGAAAUUAUAGCUCGUAUGGGUGCUACAACAAUGAAUCUGGUCGAUCGCAAGCGGUGCCUGGUCUCUGUGGAUUGUCUAACCUUGGGAACACGUGUUUUAUGAAUUCUGCCCUUCAGUGUAUGAGUAAUGUCUCCUCUCUUACUAAUUACUUCCUUGAAGAAAAGUGGAACGAAGAGCUCAAUGAAGACAACCCUCUCGGUAUGCAGGGAGAAAUUGCAAGGACCUACGCUGAACUUGCUAAGUUAAUGUGGUCGGGCAGAUACACCUACACAGUCCCAAGAAAUUUUAAAAUAGCUGUUGGUAAAUUUGCUCCUCAGUUCUCUGGUUUCCAGCAGCAAGAUUCCCAAGAAUUAAUGGCCUUUCUUUUAGAUGGGCUUCAUGAGGAUCUGAAUCGAAUUCGCAAGAAGCCUUACAUAGAGUUAAAGGAUGCUGAAAACCGACCAGAUAAAGAAGUCGCCGAAGAAGCUUGGGGAAAUUACCGCAAAAGAAACGAUUCAGUGAUUGUUGAUACAUUUCAUGGUUUGUUGAAGUCCACUUUAGUUUGUCCACAAUGUUCCAAAGUCUCUGUAACAUUUGACCCAUUUUGUUACCUUUCAUUGCCUUUACCCAUCAAGAAAGAACGGCAGAUGGAGGUGUUUUGGGUCCCCUUAGAUCCUGCCAAACACCCUGUUCAGUACAAACUAACUGUUCCAAAAUUGGGCACCGUCUCAGAUUUGUGUUCUGCCUUAUCUAAAUAUGUGAAUAAACCAGCAGAUCAGAUGAUUGUCACUGAUGUCUAUAGUCAUAAAUUUCAUAAGAUCUAUUCGAAAGAAGACGGAUUGAGUCCAAUUACAGACAGGGAUGAUAUUUUCAUAUACGAAGUUCCUCUAAUGGAUGACCAUAUAGUUAUUUUACCAAUCUACAUGAGAGAGAAAAAAGUGAAAGUGGCUUACAAUGAUACUCCUAUAACAUCAUACAGUUUAUUCGGUCAGCCGUUACUUCUUCCAGUUCCCAGAAAACAUUGUACCUAUGAAAUCCUUUAUAAUUUAGUUUUAAAUAGAAUAUCACGUUAUGUGAAAGUUCCUGAUGAAUCUGAGAAAUGGUGGAUAGACGACGAUGUGAAGAAUCGGUCAGAUGAAGAUGAUGAACUGGAGGAAGACUUAGAUAAUUUGGAUGUUGUACCAAAGCCUCUCUACAGUGUGAAUGGGGAAAACAAUUCUCAAAUGGAGGAAAUGGAUGAUAGUUGUGACUCUCCCUUAGAAGAAAGUCCCAAAGGCAAUCUUCCCUACAGCAGCAACCUCAACUGUACAGAUACCUCAACUACAUUGACUAACAACUUAAAUAACAGUGUCGGUCCUGCUAGUAGCUCCACUACCAACAGCAAUAUAACAGCAACCAGUGGGAAAUCGAAGACAGAAAUAAAGCAAACGUGUGAAGACAACAUCAAUACGGACAUUGAAACCGAAGAAAAUGAGAACCAGCCACCACAUCGUCUCUUCCGGUUUACGCCCGUCAAUUCUUACGGAACAGCAGCAGUCGAUAAUCGAAUGGAUGAAACUGGAAAGCCGUUGGAAUUAACAUCACAAACCUAUAUUGCUAUAGACUGGGAUAUGAAAGCCAAAAUGAAGUUUUACAGUGAAUCUGUAGCAGAGACAAUUGAUAUUCAUGAAUCGAUGCGCCAGAAGAACACCAUGAAGAAGCAGACCAUUCAGUUGAAUGAAUGUUUGGAAUUAUUUACAACAAAAGAAAAACUCGGCGCUGAUGAUCCCUGGUAUUGUCCGCAGUGUAAGAAACAUCAGCAGGCCACGAAAAAGUUCGAUCUCUGGUCUUUACCCAACAUCUUAGUUAUACACCUGAAACGGUUUUCUUACAAUCGAUAUUGGCGAGACAAAAUAGAUACGCUUGUUGAAUUCCCCACUGGUAACUUGAAUCUGAAGAAAUACAUAAUCAACAACAACCAUGGUCCUGCUACGUAUGAUUUAAUAUCUGUGAGUAACCACUAUGGUGGAAUGGGUGGUGGUCACUAUACGGCAUUUGCCAAAAACAAAGAUGAUAAAGAAUGGUAUUAUUUUGACGACUCAACUGUAUCAGCUUCUUCUGAGGAUGCUGUUGUGACAAAGGCUGCCUAUGUCCUUGUGUAUCAAAGGCAAGGCAUCCCUGAUCCAACUCAGAAGAAACGGUCCAAGAUGAAUAAUGCUACCUGUUCUUCCUUAGCUGGAGGAAGUGGCCAAGCUGCUGCUGCUGUCACUGCCGCUGCUGCUGCCACCACUGCUGCUGCUGUUGGUGCUCCGCCGCCUUCUUUCCCACAAACUGAGCCACAAGAUAGAAACACAAAUGGUAUUGAAGAUACCGAUGAUGAUGACGACGAUGAUGACGAAGCUAUGGACAUAAAUUAAGACUGGUUUUUUUUUUUUUGUUUUUUUUCCCCCCUCCAAGGGGUGUUGUGCUUUGAUGGAUUUCCCUUUAUUUAAAUUUGUUACCAUGGUAAUAUUAAAAAGGAACUUCCAUGGAGAUAAAAAAAAAAUGAAGUGUAAUAUUUAAAAAAAAACAACAAAAAAUAACAAAACAAAACAAAUGAGAAACAAUAACAACUAUUGUCUUUUUUUUUCUGUUUGUUUCUCUAAAAACCUUGUUUUUUUUUUUUUAAUUUUAUUUUAAAAUAAAGAAAAAAAAAGAUUUUUUAAAAUAUUCAAUGUAGUAAUAUAGACGAACUGUUUAUUUUGUAGUUAUGUUUUUGUUUUGUACACUGAACUGGGCAAGACUCUGUCGGUCAUGACGGUGUUCCUCCCUCUCUCUGCAUUGGCCUUGCCCUCUCUUUCACCCACAUUAUACACACAUACAUAUAUACAUCUGUGUGUGUGUGUGUAUGUGUGUGUGUAAUACCUUCUCUUCUGUUUGUUAUAGUCUGCAGUGCUAACCCACUGUGGUGAUUGAUUUCUGUCUAGUACCGUUCAAGGUGCUGCUUGGUUGAUCGGUGAUGAAUAUUCAAUAAUUUAUUCAUUGUUUAACUACGAACCAUCAUUUCCUUUGUUUUCCUCAUCAAUCUUAUUAUUAUUAUUAUUAAUAUUAUUAUUAUUAUUACUACUACUCUUCAAAAACUGCUCAUUCCAUGCUCUUCUCAGGCAAAUUUCCUUAUCGAAAAAAAUAAAACCUACAAACUGUCUGCUCCCAUCCUAACAACCCAUCACAGUCUCUUUUCUCUCUCACUCUCUCACCUUCCCUUUGUCUUUCCCCUUCUCUCUCUCUCUCUCUCUCUCUCCUGCCUCACUUUUAUUUUUGUAAUUUGUGAAAAGCUAAACAUUUUGUUUUCCUGCUUCAUUUGUCGACAGAUUUCCCCCCUCGCCCACCCCUCCUUCCUCAGAUCUUUUUUUUCUACAACUAUAUCAAGUGUGAGAGAAAUCACAACAAAAACAGCAAACAGCAACAAAGAUUAAUUAGAUUAAUUGCUAAUCUCAGCUUUAUAUAAGACUCUAAAAUACAUUCAGCUCUUAGACACACAGACAGGUAAAACUAACCUUUCUCUGAAUUUUUUUUUUUUUUUUUUGUUCAUCAGAGAAAAUUUACUGGAAAAAAAAAUUCGAUUUUGGGGUGGUUUUAUUUGAGGAUCAGGAACCUCAAAUAAAAUGAAAUUGAAAAAAUAUAUAUAUAUAUAUAUAAACCAUGUUAUUUAAUGUAACAUUAGCUUUCUAAAUUUCAUUAUCAGCCCCCUUUUUACUCGCUGUCUCCUUU